AUGUUUAAUCGACUGUGUUCAAUGGUAUUUUAUUCUGGUCGUAUUCAACGAUCAUUUACCAUAUGUCAAACGUUACGUUUACAUUCGACAAAAACUUCAACUAAUAAAGAUUCAAAAAACCCAUCAACAAAAAGUAAAACACCUAUGGGAAAAUUAGAUGAAUAUUCGCAUCCAGAUGCUGAAAAAAACCCAUUAAAACCAUGGCCAAAUAAUACAAAUCCAAUAACCGGUGAAAUUAAUGGGCCACGUGGACCUGAACCAACACGUUAUGGUGAUUGGGAACGAAAAGGCAAAUGUGUUGACUUUUAA